AGUGUAGCUGUACAUCUCAAUUGUUUCUUUCCCUGCUUGUCCCCCUUUCUUUCUUUCCUUGGAACAGAUCCCCAUAUCUCCCAUGCAUUUCUCCAUUGACUCCAGGAAUCCUAGUCAUGAUGCCAAGCACCUCCUUCGUGGGCGCGCCGAGCUGUGCGGACGGUUUGUGAAGGUCGGGGAUUGCCACCACGCAUUCCGCGAAGAGGCGCGCGCAACAGUUCACGCAAGAAGAGGGAUUGUACUUCGAAUUCGGUCCGAGCACCUUCGACUUGCUCAAGGUGCGUUGUCCGGGUUCUUCUCCGCCUGAAUCAACGCGUUGAUGGCUUUGGCGCCCGGAAGGCGUCCAGUAAGAUCAUGACGUUCUUCUCGGCCUUCUUCUCGAUCUCCUUCAUCCAGCUUACCCACUUGUCGUGCCUCUCAAACUCUGCAGUUGUCUGGAACUCCUCAGAGCUCCUCCACCUUCUCGAUGACGAGGGUGGUGCAGAUUUCGCUCGCAGUAGCUUGGUGCUUCCGCGAUCUCCUUCGCGUAAUGCAAGCAAGAGCGAGUUUCAACGGUGCCCCGUACUCGCUCAGUAAGUCAUCAACCAGAGUUAUGGUGACAACCUGCGGCCUGUCAUGGCGGGCAAGAGCAGUGAAUCAUCGUCAAGCAGUCGCUUCUCGUCACUCUGCAGCAAUUCAGGCUCGUAGUCCUCAUCUGACGCAUGAUUCGCAGAAGGGAUUUCGGUAUCUGUGUGUAAGCAAAUGAGUUAUGGAAUUGGCGUCCUUCUUGAGGACUCCCACUUUCCUCUUUAAUCGUAGGGCGAUGCCUGUUACUCCGAAGUUUACCAUCACUCACUAGGUACGGGAUGUCGUCCUUGACCUAUUUCACCCGUUUGCUGAUGCACGUUGACAUGGCGAAAACGUUCUUCGGUGAUAAUUCACGAUGAUCACUGCUUUUGAACUUCUUCUCGUCGACGUACACGUACUGAUAAGGCUCACUCUCAGGGAAAAAGUGCAUUCAUUUCCUUUCACGCACCCCUUCGCCGAUUUGAAGUGGUACCAGCAGGGGUCUUCCCGAUCUGCCUUGAUCUGUUAGUUCCGGAGGUCCUCCUCCGCCACCAGCGAGGCUCAACUGACGUCGACCCGCUCCCUGCCAUUGGAUCACCGAAAGACGGAAAGUGGAUCGAACCUGGCAUCAGCGAUGUCCCUGAAGCUCAUGCAUCUCCUCGAGGUACUCAUCGUACAUUCCCUUAGCUGUCAACCUCCAGUACUCAG